AUGACACCACCCCACACUCGUGUAUAUAUGCUAACAGACCAAUUUCCGGUUAUAGAUGUCACUUGUUGUUUCAGGAAUCGCUCCAUUUUUGGACUUCGCCGGCUUAUUGAUGUUCGUAGAGAAAAUCUCUAUGCACUACUUGUCGGUGCCACGUUGUAUUUUUCACGUACCACUAAGCAAGACAUCGACACCAAGCAUAAUUCCGACCUUUCUACACGUGAUACCAUGUUUAAUGAAAUUCUUGCCAAUCGUGAUGCCCGACUCACCGCUGAACUUGCCAAUCGUAAUGCUAGACUUGAUGAAAUCGAACAAGCACGAAGUGAAAUUUCUCCAGAAAUAAGAAUCGAACCCACCGAGGAAGUGGAACUCCAAGACAACGACUCAUCCGACCAACAAAGUGAUGAAAAUCAAUCCGAAGCUUCUUCUGCCGUUGAUAUUAAUCGUGGGGUGGGAAAACUUAGUAGAGAUAUAAUCAAAAAUUAUUAUCGUAGAAUUAAUGAUUUAAAAGGCAGUAAAUUAGAUCAAAUAGGUGCUUGGAUUGAUAGCAAACCAGUUAAUACCGGUCCCUUACUCUCAAUAUUACAAAAAUAG